AUGAGCUCCAACUCGCCUAAGGACUUUGUGGAGAGCCUGAAGGGACGAGUCGUCAUAGUGCGACUGAACAACGGGUCCGACUUCAAGGGUAUUCUGGCCUGCCUGGAUGAACGAAUGAACGUCGCGCUGGAGCAAACCGAGGAGUUCUUCGAAGGAGAGUUCAUUGAGAGCUACUACGAUGCCUUCAUUCGCGGCAACAACGUGUUUUACAUACGGGCCAUCGACGAUGAGUAG